CUCUCUUCACACCACAAUAUUGCACAACUCUCUUCUCUCUCUCCAAAAUGAUCACCACAUGACUCAAAAACUCUCUCUCUACCUCCUCUAUUUUCCAUUUACAAAUUCUCACUCUCAUACUCAUUGAUUGCCACAAACUCUCUCUUAAAUUUUUUGGCCACCAUUUGCUUCAAUGUCCAUCUUAUCUCAACACCACCACUCCCCUCUUACGUCCCUCCACUAUGCCAGCCCGCGCCACCGCCACCGCCACCGCCAACACCUCCCCAGCCCCAGCCGUGUCCAUUGCUCAACCACUACCACCACCACCACAACCACUACCAAACCCAAGCACAACCCUGCAAAGCUAGUCAUUGAACCAUCGCGGCUCCAAACACCGCCAAUAUUCAACGACCCAAGUCUGCAAUCAACCAAACCCAAGCACAACCCUGCGAAGCUAGUCAUUGAACCAUCGCGGCUCCAAACACCGCCAAUAUUCAAUGACCCAAGUCUGCAAUCAACAUGGUCUCACCGUGCUUGGGUGGCUUGCGGGUGCACUACCGUGCUUGUUUCUCUAGCAAAAUGUGUCACCGCUGCAGCCAAUUCACACAUGUGGCUCGAACCCAUUUUGGCUGGCCUGGUUGGGUAUGUGCUAGCGGACCUCGGCUCCGGUGUCUACCAUUGGGCCAUCGACAACUACGGAGGCUCCACAACCCCUGUUUUCGGUUCCCAAAUAGAAGCAUUUCAAGGUCACCAUAAGUGGCCAUGGACAAUCACACGGCGUCAGUUCGCCAACAACAUACAGGCCCUCGCUCGAGCAGUUACCUUCACUGUGCUUCCCAUAGAUCUCGCUUUCAACAGCCCGGUACUACAUGGGUUUGUGGCUGUAUGUUCCGGUUGUAUUAUGUUUAGCCAGCAAUUCCAUGCUUGGGCCCACAGCACGAAGAGCCGCCUCCCGCCACCAGUGUUGGCCUUGCAGGAUGCCGGAGUGCUUGUGUCCCGGUCACAACACGCAGCACACCACCGGCAGCCUUAUAACAACAACUACUGCAUAGUGAGUGGUGUGUGGAAUGAAUUUUUGGACGAGCAUAAAGUGUUUGAGGCAUUGGAGAUGGUCGUGUUCUUCAAGCUUGGGGUUCGACCACGGUCCUGGACUGAGCCUAACUUGGACUGGGCUGAGGAGAUAGAAACUCCUCAAAUACUUCGCACUCCAUUGAUUUAGUUUUUAUUCUUUUUCUCAUAUCUAUUCAUCUUGCUAAAAUGCAAGGUUUGUCAAUGGUGUUGUUCAAAAAUUGGAUGGAAGACACCCAUUUUAUCACCAUACAAUAUAUUGUUUUCUCUCACUAUUUUCUUGAUAA